CUGAUCUUGGAGGUAGGUGUGGUGUAGAGGUGUUGGUUAACCUCUCUCUCGUUCUCUUCACAUACAGAGAAACGUAGACACACUUGCAUACACACACACUCACAUUCUUGCCUUAGAUACGUGUAUGUGAAGCGACACACACACACACACACACACACACACACACACACACACACACACACACACACACACACACACACACACACACACACACACACACACACACACACACACACACACGAAUAAUUGAAACGGAAAUAAGAAAGAAAAGAAUAGCAUCGAAAUGGAAGUUUUGCAGGCGUCAGCAGUAGUGGUGGGAGGGGGCGUGCACGGGAGCAGCGCCGCCCUCCACCUGGCGCGGGCGGGGGUGGACACCAUUCUACUGGAACAGUUCCCUCUGCCACACUCCCGCGGCAGCAGUCACGGCCAGACGCGCAUCAUUCGUCUGGCUAACUACGCCAUCCCGCCCCUCACCCCCCAUCAUGGCUGACUCAUUUGCCAUGUGGAAGAAGCUCGAGAAGGAUGGUGGCGUGAGUCUGUUAAGGCCUCACCCGAUGCUUGCCGUGGGUGAAGACCAGAGCAUCAUGAGUAGGCUGGCGGCGUCUGUCAGGGAGGGAGGCAGCGAACCCAUCCUGCUGAGUGGCGGGGACGUCAACCACAAGUACGGCACGAGCUUCCCCGCACACUGCCCACGGCCUGAUUGAUCCGAGUGCAGGUGUUGCUAAUGGCGGACAAGUGUGUGCAGACCCUUCAGCGGCUGUUCCGGGAGGCAGGUGGACGCGUGGUGGACGAGUGGCCGGUGGUGGAUGUGAAGGUGAAGCCCUAUGGCGAGGUGGAGCUGAGGGGCCCUAAGGGAAGCGUGAGGGCGGCGAGGCUCGUAAUGUGUCCUGGCCCUUGGGCGGGACCUCUGCUGGCUAAGAUAGGAGUCCACUUGCCCCUUCAGGUGAGGCGGAUCUCAGUCUUCUAUUGGCGGAUCAGGGACGAGGACACGCCCACCAUUUCUUUCGUUGAUACACGAGAGUUCGACGGUAGUCAUACUUACGGAGUCCCCCAUCUGGAGUACCCUGGGAUGAUGAAGUUAGUGCACCACAGCGGCCCCGUCAUUGGAGGGCCCGAUGAGAGGGACAAGAUCGGAGCCUCAAAGCAGCAUCGCGAAAUGAUGAUGCAAUACGUGAAGGAGAACUUUUCAACCCUUGAUCCCGAGCCGGUGGUGGAGGAAACUUGCCUCUACACGUGCACGCCUGACCUUGAGUUCGUGGUGGAUCGUCACCCGCGUCACCCUAACGUCAUCUUCGCCUGUGGGUUUUCAGGUACAGGGUUUAAAAUUGCCCCGGCCAUUGGAGAGGACCUGUGCAACCUCGCCCUGGACCGUCCUACUGUUCGUGACCUGUCUGCCUUCAGCGCCGCCAGAUUCAAGGCCAAGAGCAAGAUCUAGCGGCGCCGUCAGGAAGCUGCUGCAGAAGUCUAUGUAAAAGGAUGCACUGAGUUGUCUCGAUGUAAAAAAAAUAUAUAUCUAUACUGAUAUUCUCUUUCCAUUGAGGCUAAAAUCUGUAUUCAAAACACUUUGCUCUCUCAUCACGACAGUUUUUUAAGAACCCACAGAGGUGAUUAGGUGGGGUUUUUUUUUUUAAGAGUAUUUUUUUUUCCUGUUAAUUAUGUAGAAAUCUUGUUAAUCUGUCACCAUAACAGUAAAAAUACCCUUAAAA